CGUUGGGGUUUCACGGUGUUGGCCUUGAAUACCAGACAACAUAACUAGAAUGACGGGUUAAACCCGUGACAAACCCGUGACAGGUGAACACUGACACUGAAAACAGCUUUGUCAUUUUGUGCAACGAACGAGUCUCCACGUGUUCAAUUAUUACCAAUAAAUACAUGUAGAAGCUGAAGUUCGCAGAACUGACUCUUAUCUAAUCAUAUUUUAUGCAUUGAAUGCAUCUAUCAGAACGUGUGCAAUUCAUGAGCAUAUAAGAACAGUUCGCAGAACUAAAACAUUGCUGUUGUGACCACUUGGGCCCUGUAAAAGCAAAAUGGCGACCGAGCUUUGCAAUACACCUGUUGCAUGUUUGCUGGUUUACAGUUGUCUGUUACUGGUCUCACUUCUUGGAUGUUUAUUUCUUGUGGCGGUGAUGUAUAUUCAUUAUCAGCAUCGUAGAUUUGCUCAUAUUCCAUCACCAAAGAUGGACGGGUUUUUUGUUGGACAUGCGGUAAGAUUCCAAGAAUACAAGAAACGUGAUCAACCCAUUGUGGAAGUGCUUCUUGACAUGGCGAAUGAAUGCGGGCCGGUGUACGUGAUGUUCAUCUUUUGGUUGCAUAGUGUGACGGUACUUCAUCCUGAUGGAGUCAAGGAGCUUCUCUCUUUCGACAGCCCACAUAGGAAACCUUCAAGGACUUACAGUGCAUUCAAGGAAGUAUUCGGGGCUCGAUUUCUUGGUGGUGGUUUAAUAUCACAAAGAGAUCCAAUUAAACAUGGGAAGAGAAGAGCUAUGUUCACGCCAAUGUUCAAACAAAAAUAUUUGGUGACUUUGGUUGAUCAGUUUAAUGCCAGUGCAGAUCUUCUUAUUGAGAAACUCAGCCAUAAAGCUGAUGGGAAGACAGAGAUCGCCAUGUUGGAUGAACUAGACCGAACAACACUCGACGUAAUUGGCAAAGUGGCUUUUGGGAUGGAUCUGAACUCGACUUUAGACGAGAAUGCACCGUUCAACAAAGCAGUAGGACGGAGUUUGGACGGUUUGUCCGAAAAUUUGUACUCGCCGCUAGAGAAGUACAAUAUGUUACCAGCUGCCCGUAAGAGUCAUCAAGAGGUUCGAGAUGCCAUCAACUUCCUCAGGGAGACGGGGAGGAGGUGCAUCGAAGGUAAACUACAGAAACUACGAAACAAUGAGGAGUUACAUGAUGAUAUCUUCACUCACAUCUUGAGAGAAACUUAUCAAAAUGGAGCUGAAGAAAUCGAAAUGGAGGACCUUGUGGAUGAGUUUGUCACUUUGUUCUUUGCCGGUCAGGAAACUACCUCCAAUCUCCUCGGCUUCUGCUUGCUUGAACUUGGUAACCAUCCGGAAGUUAUGCACAGAGUGAGAACUGAAGUAGAUGCCGUAAUGGGAGAUAAUGAUCAGCUUAAGUCUUCUGAUGUUGGCAAACUCGGGUACAUGAUGCAGGUUUUGAAAGAAACUCUGAGGUUGUGGUCUCCAGUCAGCGGCACCUUACGUGAGCUCGCUCAUGAUAUAGAGGUCAAAGGUUACAAGAUACCAAAAGGAGCUGUAGUAGGGGUGACCUCGCAUAUGGCGAAAAUGGAAGAGUAUUUUCCUGACCCGAUGAAGUUUGAUCCCGAUCGCUUCAUGGCUGGUGCAAACAUAAUGGAGUACACGUAUUUUCCUUUUUCGUCUGGAACGCGUUCCUGUAUCGGUAAACAGUUUGCAUUGAUUGAGGCUCGUGUACUGCUCGCUAGACUGCUCCACAAGUUCACCUUUGACCUUGUACCUGGACAGGGAUAUGGCAUCUUAGAUCAAGUCACUUUGAAACCAAAAGGAAGAUGUAGAAAUUAUCUCAGUCUAGUAGAGUAAAAGCCCGUAGCUAGACCUUAUCAAUGUUCAAAUUUGAUAUUAUAGACACAGUCACGUAUAAGUGCAUUUAGGCUCAAAUUGGCCUAUGGCUAUGUUGAAGUUCCCACGAGUUGGUUUAUAAAAAGCGUUUAUAACCGUUUGUUAUAAAAUGCAAUUGUUGGAAAGAUGUUAUAAAAGUAGAA